CAGCUUGAGUUGUGCGCAUGCGUGACCCCGUUUCUUCUUCGUCUUGCACGCUGGGAACCACCAGAGUCACUUUUCUCCGUCAUGGCGGCCCGUGUCCUGCAGCAGUGUGUCCGCACGCUCGCCCGGCCCUCGCUGAGGCUUUCCUCCGGUAACCUUGCUUUCAGAGCCGCUGUCGCCCCGGCAGCAGCUAUUCACCGACCUCUAUCCUUUGCCGCAGACAGCCGGAGGACGCGGUGGGUCGGUCAGAGCAGGAUUCCCUCGGUGGGCGUGUUGUGCCGACAGUAUGGGGACCUGCCCCCCCUCACCAUAGAAACCAUCAAAGACCGCGUCAUGUAUGUCCUCAAGCUCUACGACAAGAUCAACCCCGAGAAGCUGCAGACAGCCUCCCACUUCAUGAAAGACCUGGGUCUGGAUAGUUUGGACCAGGUGGAGAUCAUCAUGGCCAUGGAGGAUGAGUUUGGCUUUGAGAUCCCCGACGCAGAAGCAGAGAAGUUGAUGACUCCCGAGGACAUUGUACAGUACAUCGCAGACAAGAAGGACGUUUAUGAAUAAUCUAUAAUCUGCUGUAGUUCACUACAGAGAGAGGUUGACCCCCAGCGUGACCCCCGCAGGAAGUACAUUUCCCACUUCCUCCCCGUCUGCUCUUCUGUGCAUUAGGGCAUCGUCGACGUCAGCUGCCGUGUCUCUGACUGUAUUUAACUGAACAUGUUCUUUCGGAGCUUAGAGAAAAACAAAAUUUAAAAGGUUAUAUCACAGUCUUGAUUUUUUUCUUUUUUUUUUUUCUUGCAGCUCCACAAUGUGGUUUCGAUGUAUAAUUUCUCAUGAAUAGAUCAAUAAAUACACAUGCUGUAUA